AUGCCUAAGCAACUCGACAAGCAAUCUGUACCUGAUCCUAAGCAAUCGACAAGCAAUCGCAGACGGAUCAACAAUUCAACGAAAUGCCAAACCAACCCCCUAAAAUUGCCAUAUGGAUGGGAAAGGAAGGUUACUGAAAGCAACCACAUCUAUUAUGUUGAUCACAUCAACAAGAAGACUACUUACUCCGAUCCACGGCUUGCCUUCGCCGUCGAGGACAAUAGCAGUGAUGCGGCGGCAAACAUCAGGCAGCGCUUCGACGGCAGCAGCAGGGCGCUGGAGGUCCUACAUGGUCGUGACCUCAGCGACAAAUACGUCAUAGUGACGGGUGGAAAUACCGGAAUAGGUUACGAGACUGCGAGGUCACUCGCACUUCAUGGAGCCCAUGUUGUGCUGGCCUCACGCAGCAAGGAGAGAGGAGAGGCAGCAGCCGCGGCGAUCCACACAGAGAGGCCCGAAGCCAAUGUGAAGGUGAUGAUGAUGGAUUUGACAUCAUUAGCGAGUGUGCGCGAGUUUGCUAACAACUACAGGAGCAAGAAAUGGCCGUUACACAUUUUCAUUCUGAACGCUGCUGUAUUUGCAUUGCCUUAUAGCAAGACCGAGGAUGGAUUCGAAACCAUUUUCCAGGUGAACUACCUGUCACAGUAUUACCUGACCAACCUUCUGGAAGAUGUGCUGAUUCGUUCUGCACCUACACGAAUCGUUGUGCUGUCCUCAGAGUCACACAGGUUCUCCGAUCUAUGUCACAACAACAUGACAGAGGAUAGACUGUCACCGCCGAGUGAUGCUCAGUUCAGCUCAAUGUCUGCGUACAACCAGUCGAAGCUCUGCUGUAGUCUGUUCUCCAACGCUCUUAACUGGCGCCUGUCUAGCCAGGGCGUGGCGUGUAAUAGCUUGCACCCGGGUAACAUGGUCAGCUCGAGCCUGUCGCGUAACUGGUGGUUCUACAGGCUGCUGUUUGCUACCGUACGACCAUUCACAAAGUCACUGCAACAAGCCGCAGCAACGAGUGUGUAUUGUGCGACGGCUACAGAGCUGGAAGGUGUCGGAGGCUUGUAUUUCAACAACUGCUGCGUAUGCCAGCCGUCCGACGCAGCUCUGGAUGCACAGAACAUCACUGAACUGUGGGACCUCAGCGAAAUGAUGGUGAAGAAAGCUGUCAGAAGCAUGGACCCAGACUGCAGUCUGAUUGGAUGACUCGAUUACAAUAAAAUGUUGUAAAUAUAUGUUUCUUUUAAUCAACUAAAUGUAAAAAGAAUCGACGAAAAAAAUGAACGACUAAUCAGAAUGAAUGACCAAAUAUGUGUAUAAAUUUAGACAAAUAUAGUAAGUGUCAGUAUAAAACAGCAAAAUAGCAGUCGUUUGUGUGUAAUAUGUAUGAAAACUAUAUUUAUAUACAGAUUUAUAAUCCUACUAGCACACGGCCAGAAUGAUUACUUAAAUUGAUGGUACAAAACAAAGCAUUACGUGAAUUUCAUCAAUUCUCACAUUAAUGUGAGCAUUUACAACAGACACUGAACGAUCGAAAUUUAUGUAAAACUUUCCCGAAACUUCUAACAGCACGUUAGUAUAGUUCCACUGUACCAUAGACACCCUCGCCUUUGAGGGUGAGAUGUGACGGCACCAGGCACGACUAAAGCGCAUACUGCAUCACUGCACAUCAUCGUUAACACACAUGCGCAGUAUGUUGUCUGCCCUGUCCCCCACACACACA